CGAGAAAAUUAUGUUGGGCUCAUCACUUUUGAAUGGGUCCACUAAUACACUAUUUGUGUCAGGAGCUUUAUCCGUGAAUCUAAGCAAUUAGAUUUCGUGUUGUGGAGAAAAUUAUGUUGGGAACGUCACUCUUGAAUGGGCGCGUUAUGACAUUCAGAUUUCGUGUUGGGAGUAUCAUUCCUGAAUAGAUUUUACACUAAUAUUCAGAUUUAAUUGGGCUUCAACGCGGGGGCGCGAAAACAAAAAGUGUAUUUUUCCAAUCUUUUAACAAAUUAUUGUUUAAUCACCAUUCAAUCUUCCUCUCAUCCAUCAAUGGCGCUUGCUUUCUACAGCUACUCCCCCUGUAAACCCUCUUCUUCAACAAAUUCCAGUUUCACUAGUUCGUCAUUAUACACGAAGCAGCAGUCAAAGCUUCUCUUUCCUCUGAGAGAAAAAUUCAGGCAGCAGAGUCGAAGCUUAUGUAUCGUUAGCGGGUCGGGUUCUGAUGAGAGCAACUCUCAAGAUGAUGAAGUAGAUAAUUUGGGGGUCAAAGCUGCAUUAUCAAUGCUCAAGUUCUAUAAAAGGGAAAUCUCACCAAUAAUGCCAAAAAGUUGCCGCUAUAUACCAACAUGUAGUGAAUACUCCAUGAUUGCUUACAAGAAAUAUGGAGUUGUUAAAGGGACAGUUUUGACUGCCUGGCGUCUUUGUCGUUGUAAUCCUCUAGGAGGAUCUGGUUUUGAUCCCCCGAGAUGGUUCGAUGAGGAAAGUCCACCACAGGAAUAACACCUAAUACUCCAUCAAACAGAAAUACAGCUUGUUUUCUUCAUGCAGUUAUCUUCUAAUAGGUUCUGCACAAUCAUGUGAGCAAAAAGACUGUUAACGAUGAAGAUUUGUAUAGGAUGCGAGUCUUUUGGUGUUCUUGGAGGAGCACAGUGGCAAGAAUUUGGGCAGCAAAACUAAACCGAACCCACAGUAGAUUGGAAGUAAACAAUCAACACCAAAACUGCAGUAGACCACAUUUGGAAGUUACUUCUCUACCUUGUUAUGUUCAAGACUAUCAUAUUCGCGAUAUUGCAUUUGUCCCCCUUACCCUGUGAUACUAUCAUUGCACUUUUAGCCCUACAAUGUAUCUGAAUUGGCACAUUUGAUCCUAUUUCACAAGGACCAGAAGUACAAAACUCAUUUCUUUUGGCUGCAUGUGUGCUUGAGGCAAGUAUGAGGUAACCUAAAAAAGUCAUUUUUGUUGUACCUAAUAUCUGCAGUAGACCUUAAAACUAGUAUACUGUGAAGCCUCACAAGCUAAUAUCAACACUUGAUUGAGUAGCUUCGUUUGUUCAGAAUUGUUUCCCUACUUCUUUUGCGUAAUCUCAAAUUUGGAGAGUGGCCAUUUUAGGUUAACUUAACGUUGAGUUGGACCACAAACAACAGUGAUUGAUCUUGUGUAUAACCAGUGCUAAAUGGAAUGAACUUUGCCAUGAAGUUUCUAUUUGCUGCCCAAGUUACAAGCUAACACGAGAAAGUGUUAAAUGUAUUAGUCCCACUUCACAAAACCUUGACACCCUGCUGAAUAACUUACUUAAACAAACUCAAUUAACAGACUUAGAAAUGAUAAAAUACGAUUAAAUUACCAGACAAUUUUGACCCAUCACAACAUUUCAUUUAUAGGUUUAAUGCUCUACGUAUUGCAAGUAAAAGAGAAAACAUCAAAAUCCAUACUUCAAGUGCAACCAUAUGUACAAAACAUUUAUCAAUCUCAAGAUAGAUAAAAUGUAGGAAUUAGCUCCCUGGAAAAGAAUGCAGACCUAAUAUAGGCCUAAUACAGUAAAAGAGAAAAAAGGUACUCUGCAAAAAAAAAAAAAAAAAAAAA